UAAAACAACUUUAGAACAUGCUUGCUACAUCGUUCAUAAUGGGAAAAUAAUUGGAAUUUCUUAACUAUUUUAAAAACUUAUCGUUAGUAGAUAGUGUAUGUGAUAAGCGCAACAAUUAAAAGACAAAAGGACUGAAAAUAGAACAAUCAUGAUUAUCAAAGACAUUGUAUCGCCUGCCAAAAUGUCUGACUGCCUAACAAGAUGUCGUCAGUCUCGGAAAUUAGUUUUAGUAAUAGUAUUCAUAGCUCUAUUCUUAGAUAAUAUGCUUCUGACUACUGUAGUACCAAUUGUGCCAAAUUUUCUACGUAAAUUAGAUUACCCAUAUGAAGUUCAGAAUGUGACUACAUAUUACACAAAAAAUAUUACUGAAAUGUGUUCAAAUAAAUCUUUAAAUAUGUUUCAAACUGUGACAAAAAAUUACAAUGCUUACACAGCUUCGGAGUAUAUAUGUGAGAAUAUUACAAUUACACCAAUAAAUGUGACAAGUUAUGAGACUAUGACAGUUCCAACAAUUCGUAAAGCGGAACUAGCAAACGAGAACGUCAAAGUCGGCCUAAUGUUUGCAUCGAAGGCAAUUGUACAGUUGAUUACAAAUCCGUUUAUAGGACCUUUAACGAACAGAAUUGGUUACACUAUUCCACUUUUUACUGGUUUCUUUGUUAUGUUUGUAUCUACCAUAAUAUUUGCAUUUGGGGAGAAUUAUACUAUUUUAUUUAUAGCCAGAGCCGUCCAAGGAAUAGGUUCUUCUUGUUCAAGUGUAGCAGGUAUGGGAAUGUUAGCCGAUCGAUAUCCUGAUGAUAGAGAACGUGGAAAUGCGAUGGGUAUAGCUUUAGGGGGUUUAGCAAUGGGAGUUUUAGUGGGACCAACGUUUGGUGGAUUUAUGUACGAGUUUGCAGGGAAAGAAGCACCGUUUGUAGUUUUAGCAGCACUUGCACUUAUAGACGGUGUGUUACAGAUGUUUGCAUUGAAGCCGUCAGUAAAACCAGAGUCACACGAAGGCGAGUCAUUGGGAACACUCAUAAAAGACCCGUAUAUUCUCAUUGCUGCUGGUUCUAUAACAUUUGCCAACAUGGGUAUUGCAAUGAUGGAACCGUCGUUACCAAUAUGGAUGUACGAGACCAUGGAUGCACCUGAGUGGCAACAAGGUGCUGCUUUUUUACCUGCUAGUAUUUCAUAUUUAAUAGGAACAAAUAUAUUUGGGCCAUUGGGCCACAAAAUAGGAAGGUGGUUAUCAUCAUUAAUCGGAAUGGUUAUCAUAGGAGUAUCAUUAAUAUUUAUACCUUUCUCUACAAACAUUUAUCAUUUAAUAGCACCAAAUUUUGGAUUAGGAUUUGCAAUAGGAAUGGUAGACUCCACAAUGAUGCCUCACAUGGCAUACCUAGUAGAUCUAAGACACGUGUCUGUUUACGGCAGUGUUUAUGCCAUUGCAGAUGUCGCUUUCUGCCUUGGAUUUGCAGUUGGUCCAGCGUUAAGUGGAACCAUAGUCACGAAUAUGGGAUUUGGUUGGAUGUUGUGGAUUAUAGCAAUAUUAAAUUUGCUUUAUGCACCAUUGUUAUUUUUUAUUCGAAACCCUCCAGGAAAAGAAGAAAAAAUGUCACUGAUAUUAAAUGACAAAUGUCCAGUUCAGUAUGUAACUUAUAACCAGACAGAUAAAAGUAAUGUCACGUCUGAUGAUGACCAAGAAUACGAUGAUUAUUGAUGUUCAAGAAUAACUGAUAAACAUGAUUACUGAUGUUCAAGAAUUACUGAUUAACAUGAUUACUGAUGUUCAAGAAUAACUGAUAAAACAUGAUUACUGAUGUUCAAGAAUUACUGAUUAACAUUAUUACUGAUGUUCAAGAAUUACAGUUACUGAUAAACAUGAUUACUGAUAUUAAAAAAAUACUGAUAAAAUUGAAUACUAAUGUUCAAAGAUUACUGAGAAACAUUAAUACUGGUGUUCAAAGAUUAAUGAUUUACAAAGAUUACUGAUGUUCAAAAAUUAUGAAAUUGAUUAGCGAUGUUCAAAGAUUUUCCGAUGAAAUUUAUUCCUGUGUAUAUGUCUCAUUCACUUCAAAAGAUUUCCAAAAUAUGAAGUAGCAUGCAGUUUAGUAAAAUAGAACUGUUGUGGGAAUAAAUGUGUAACAUACACCAUACACCAGAAAGCUUAAGUAAUAUUAUUUUUUUGGAUACAGAAUGAAUAAAUGAGACUGGUCAAUUCAAAUGAAAAUGAAGAUAAAAUGUUAACAUAUAAUUAUUUUCAUUUAUGCAUGAGCCAUUCGCUUGUUCAUACAAGUGAAUGUUAAACCUCUGAUGGUUGUUUUGGUUCUAAGAAGAAAUUAAUACUUUAUAUUUUUUGAGAUCUUAAGUUAAUUGAGAGUUUAUUUUCUGUUAUAUUUUAAAGAAGAAGAGAUUUAAAAAAUAUCGGUCAGCCUCGAUUAAAGCAUUAAAAUAUUUAUGAAAGCCUAUUUUUGGAAGUUUAUCAUCUCAUAAGUAUUAUUAUAUUUAUAAAGCAGAAGAUUAUUUACAAAAUGAUGUAUAUCUUAAACAGUUCAAAGUUUCCCCCUAAAUAACAAAGAUUUAAAACGUGUUUGACAAAUAAGGUCUAUCGUUAUAUGGUAGACGUUUGGAGCAAUUUCUCCGACUUGGUUUCUGCCUCUUUGGUGCAUACGCCAUAUCUCUUCUAUACACAACACAAAAAAGUCAUGUAAAAUGUGAAAUAUGAAAAAAAGGGACAAUCAUUUCCGCUUUUCUUACAGUAAUUUUUUUUAACAGUAAAACGAUUAGAAUUAUGGGAGAGCCGAAUACAUAAGAUGGGUUAAUAAAAAGUUGUGUAGUAAAAAGCGUAAUUGUUGUGCAAUGAAAGGUUACUGAAGUCACUCGCGUAACAAUGUGUGUUUUAACUGUCCUGUGUAUUAUGCAGAAAACAAGUUCUUAACUAUAUGUAUUAUUAUACAGUAUUAACUACUGGAGAUUUAUAGGGUAAACAUCUUUUUGACUGUAAUUGUUUGAUAAAUAAAAUUAACACAUUAAAAUAUGAAGACUUAUGG